UACCCCGAAACUACAGAAUAUUUGAUCGUUGUUGAACUAUUUGUGAUUGGGAUUUUCAUCAUUUAUCAAUGUUAUAAUAACACUCAAAGCACGCAAAAGCUGUCAACCCAAACCUCGGUUUUCGAGAAGGACAAUGAGUGGGCAAAAGACACAAGGAAUAAAUCAUGCUUGAUAAAAUAGAGUAGAUCUCAAGAAAAUGGAGAAAUACGAAAAGCUUGGAAAGAUAGGCGAAGGUUCCUAUGGAGUUGUUUUCAAAUGUCGGCACAGAGAAACAGGACAGAUUGUGGCCAUUAAAAAAUUCGUUGAGUCGGAAGAUGAUCCACUCAUAAGAAAAAUUGCAAUGAGAGAAGUUCGUCUGUUGAAGCAAUUAAAAAAUGGUAACCUGGUGAAUCUUCUAGAAGUCUUCAGAAGAAAACGAAAGUUGCAUUUAGUAUUUGAAUAUUGUGAUCAAACUGUGUUGAAUGAGUUGGAUAGUCAUCCAAAAGGUGUGGAGGAAACAACAGUGAAGAAAAUCAUCUGGCAAACACUCCAAGCUGUUCAUUUCUGCCACCAAAACAAUUGUAUCCACAGAGAUGUCAAACCUGAAAAUAUAUUAAUUACCAGAGAAGGAAUCAUUAAACUCUGUGAUUUUGGAUUUGCGCGAUUACUUUCUCCUGGUGAUGAAUACACAGAUUAYGUGGCUACUCGUUGGUAUCGCGCACCAGAGCUUUUAGUUGGUGAUACACAGUAUGGUUUUCCAGUUGAUGUCUGGGCAGUUGGGUGUGUGUUUGCUGAGCUGCUAAGUGGUCAACCAUUAUGGCCAGGAAGAUCAGAUGUUGAUCAGCUAUACUUGAUCAAAAAGACGUUAGGUGAUCUCAUUCCACGACAUAUGCAGGUUUUUAGUGCUAAUCAGUUCUUUAGAGGAUUACAAAUUCCACAGCCUACAAGUAGAGAACCACUGGAAGUGAAGUAUCCCAACUUCUCACCUCAAGCACUAAGUUUUCUAAAGGGAUGUUUAGUUUUGGAACCAAGUAACAGACUAACAUGUUCAGAGCUUCUUGAUCAUUCAUAUUUUGAUGGAUUCCGAGAGCAAAUAGUACCAGAACUCAAUUCUUUGAUAGCAAAAUGUCARCACCCACAAUUCUUACAGAAACCAAAGAAAACAAAGGCUCGUUCACGGUUACCUCCYCAAUUUGAACCAGACCAGCAACAAAUGUCAAGACAUUUGCCGCAGUUGGCUGUUGCACCAGAGUGUUUAUCACCUGCUCCAGACAAACUAGACAAAUUGAAAGAGAAAGAUAAAAUGAAGCAAAGUAAGCUCGAUCAUUUGCCAUCAAUUCAGCCAAAUGGGAACUAAUCUUCACUUGGAGGCUAAAACUUCACCACAAAAAAAAAACAAAAAACAAAACUGAAAAAGUCAGUGAACUUUCAUGCAUGCACACACAUGGGGAUAGCAUUGCUUUGUGGCUAUUGCAUCACUAUAAAACAGAACUAAAGUCAUUUCUCUCAUUUGARAUGAAUCAUAUGCCACAAGUACUUUUUCUUCUUAUUCUGGCAUAGAGAUACUGCAUUCUCAGCAUGGUUUAGAUGUUUUUCAUUGUCGCCUCAUCUGCAUUGUGCAUUGGCGUGAAUUGUCAAGUUGGCUAGGAUCAUUUAUAGGAUAUGUUGUAGAUAACUUCCAUGGAUGAUGGGGGGAGGUAUUCUUAUUUUAGAACAAUAAUUGAGAAAUUACAAACCAUAAAGUAUCCACA